AUGAAAGCAUUCAGCUCGAUUGAGUUUGGAGCCCCGCAAAUCUUGGGCCCUGUAUUUGCUCUUUUUGUACCAUUUUAUUGCUCCAUUCCAAGAGUGCAAGUGACACAAAUUCUAGGACAAUUUUCCAUCACAAACAAGACGCUGGUUUAUAUAUUGGGUUUGCAGCUUUUAACUUCUGGGUCUUACAUCUGGAUUGUAGCCUUAAGUGGGCUGAUUUCUGGAAUAUGCUACAGUAGUAGUCUUUUAAAAGUGUACCGUGUACUUUGUGUGCCCACUGGCAUAGCAAGGAUAUUUGCUUGGACUCUUGAACCAAUUUUCUCAUCUGCGGAACCAUCUAAUGAGUUUGGAGUUGGAAUGGGAGCAACUAUUGAUAUACAGAGGCAACAGCGGAUGGAGCUACUUGAUCGACAGAUCUUGAUGUCACAGUUUGCUCAGAUGAGGCGGCAAAGACAAGGUGGAAUGAUUAAUUGGAAUCGUUUCUUUCCUCCUUUACGUCACCGACGUAAUGCAAAUUAUUUGGAUAAUCAUCCAACUGAGCACGAGAUACGGCCUCCAGCUGAAGUUUCUGAAGAACAGGUUGCACGGCUCAUGGAAAUGGGAUUUUCUCGUGUAGAUGCUUUGGAGGCUUUGAGAGCUUCUAAUAAUGACCUUAAUGUAGCCACCAACUUUCUGCUUCAGCACUAAUGAAUUGAACACCUGCAGUGAAGAACUUAAAUUGACACACGUGAUGUGCUUUCCAGAGGGCUGUAAACAACUGCAGGGUAGACACUUGAAUAUUUAAAUCAAGAAAAAGAAGCUGUCUCUUCACAUGCAAUAUAUUACUGCAGAAAAGAUGGCUGGCAUUGGAAAUAUCUUUCCCUUGAAUGGAGUAUACUAGCCAGGUUGCACUGGAAAAGUGUUUUCAAUCAUAAACAUAUGUUAUAUAUCAAUAUUUAUUUUGCAAAAUCGGAUUUGUGUGUUUCCCCCACCCCCAAAAUCAGCAUUAAAUGUUUGAUCAUUUCCAGUAACAAGGAAAUAGGAAAGCUUUUCCUUAAAACAACUCCUUUUGCAAAAAAAAAAAAAACACCCAGGUCUUUUGUUUCAUUUUCAUUUUCUUAUUUUUUUAAAUACUACAUUUCAUUCAUCUCCUUUAUCAAAGCUUUAUAAAAAUGUGCAAAAUUCCUUGGCCGUGUAAUUUCAAUAAAGGGAGAAAGGACUGAAA